AACAGCUGCUCCUUCAAUUUCUAAUAGGUUUCUGAGAGAGGGAAAAGAUCAAGCUCUAUGCUUUUCAAGUUUGCCCAGUGUGAAAAUCCAGUACUGAGGUGCUGAGGCUAGUCAUUUCUUUUCUGGGUUCUGUUUUCUGUUUCUGUCUGCUUCAUAUGGCAGUGGAGAUUUUCAGUUUAUGUAAGAAAUGACAGCCUCUAUGUUAACUUUGGUGCAAGCACUUGUAAAAAGGAUCAAUCUUUAUGUAAGUCGAGUGACAUAUAACUAAGGCAUGAGUCAAUGCGCCUCAGGCUUCCCUUCAAAACUUUACAGUCUAUCAGCCAAAACCGCAGCCUCUCAUCCGAAUCAGUUGUUCCUUAUGGAACUACUGAGGCGCUUCACAACCAUCUCUUCCAAAUAUGUCGAGAACAAUGCAAGCGUAUCAAGAGCCACAAAGUGUCUGGUGAAAUGUCUGACAGAGAGCUGGCUCAAGUUUCAGGAACCUGCAAGGCUAUCCAUGCCCAGGGCUUGAAAUUUGAAGUUGGGUCGAAGGGGUUGCUAGGGAAUGCCAUUGUGGGGUUUUAUGCCAAGUGCAAUAACCUGAGCUAUGCCGAGAAGGCAUUUAAUUGCCUUGAAAACAAGGAUGUGUUUGCUUGGAACUCUGUCUUGUCAAUGUAUUCCAAUAAGGGAUUGCUCAAACAGGUUCUUAACUCAUUUGAGUCAAUGUGGAAUGGUAAGAUAAUGCCUAAUGAGUUCACAUUUGCUAUGGUUUUAUCUGCUUGUACAAGGUUGGUGAAUGUAGAGUGUGGUAGACAAGUUCAUUGCAGUGUUGUAAAGAUGGGGCUUGAGUUGACAUCAUUCUGUCAAGGCGCACUCAUUGGUAUGUAUGCCAAGUGCAAUUGUAUAAGUGAUACUCAGCAGAUAUUUGAUAGUGCAGUGGAGUUGGAUACUGUCACGUGGACAGCAAUGAUUUCAGGUUAUGCUCAAGCUGGGCUGCUUGAGGAAGCACUUAAAGUUUUUAAAGAGAUGCAGAGGGUGGGCAGUGUUCUUGACCAGGUGGCUUAUGUGACUGUCAUAAAUGCGUGUAUUGGUUUAGGAAGGCUAGAUGAUGCAUGUGACUUGUUCUUACAGAUGCCCAAUCCAAAUGAGGUGGCAUGGAACAUGAUGAUUUCUGGGCAUGCAAAGAGAGGUUUUGAGGUAGAAGCUGUUAACUUUUUCUUGAAAAUGAGGAAAGGUGGUGUAAAACCGACAAGAUCUACACUGGGAAGUCUUUUAAGCGCAAUCUCUAAUUUAGCAGCUCUAGACCAUGGGCUGAUAGUUCAUGCUAUGGCAAUAAAGCAGGGGUUAGACUCUAAUGUUUAUGUAGGAAGUUCUUUGAUCAAUAUGUAUGCCAAGUGUGGAAAAAUUGAUGCUGCUGAGAGAACAUUUUAUUAUCAAUCUGAGAAAAAUGUUGUCUUGUGGAACUCGAUGCUUGGGGGAUAUGCACAGAAUGGUUAUGCCAAUGAAGUCAUAAAUUUGUUUACCAGUAUGAAGGCAUGUGGUCUUCACCCUGAUCAGUUUACCUACACCAGCAUUCUUAGUGCCUGUUCUUGCUUGCAAAAUCUAGAGAUGGGUCGCCAAUUGCAUUCGAUCAUCAUGAAGAACCAAUUUGCAUCAAAUUUAUUUGUCAGAAAUGCUUUGGUUGAUAUGUAUGCUAAAUCCGGGGAUCUGAAGGAAGCAAGGAAGCAAUUCGAGCUCAUAAGAAAUCGAGACAAUGUAUCUUGGAAUGCAAUUAUUGUUGGGUAUGUGCAGGAAGAGGAUGAGGACGAGGCUUUUUGUAUGUUCAGAAGAAUGACAUAUCAUGCCAUUGUGCCUGAUGAAGUAUCCUUGGCCAGUAUACUAAGUGCUUGUGCACACGUUCAAGCACUUGGAAUGGGAAGGCAAGUCCAUUGUCUCUCAAUUAAAAUCGGUCUAGAUACAAGCCUUUAUGCUGGGAGCUCCCUUAUUGACAUGUAUUCCAAAUGUGGGCUCAUUAGGGAUGCUCGAAGAGUUCUUGAUUUUUUGCCCCAUUGGAGUGUGGUCUCGAUGAAUGCUCUGAUUUCUGGCUUUGUUCAUAGAGACUUCAAAGAAGCGGUAAACAUAUUUUGUGAGAUGCAGGAUAUUGGACUGAACCCAUCUGAAGUUACUUUUUCAAGUCUUUUAGAUGCAUGCAAUGGAACUAUUAUGCUGCCGCUGGGAAGGCAAAUCCACAACAUAGUACUAAAGAAAGGCCUUUUGUUUGAUGUCGAUUUUUUAGGUGUCUCUCUUUUGGGGAUGUAUAUGAAUUGCCAAAGCAAAAUAGACGCAACCAAUCUUUUCUUAGAAUUCCAAAAGCCAAAAAGCAAAGUACUAUGGACUGCUAUGAUUUCGGGACUCAGUCAAAAUGAUUGCAUAGAUGAGGCAUUGCAGUUCUAUCAAGAAAUGCGUAGUGAUAAUGCCCUACCAGACCAAGCAACUUUCGCCAGUGUUCUUCGAGUGUGUGCUGUUAUAUCUUCUUUACAAAAUGGUAGAGAGAUCCAUUCUCUCAUUUUUCACACUGGUUUUAAUUGGGAUGAGUUAACAUGUAGUGCCCUGGUAGACAUGUAUGCCAAAUGCGGGGAUGUGGGAAGCUCUGUGCAAGUUUUUCAAGAAAUGGGUACUAAGAAUGGUGUUAUUUCUUGGAAUUCAAUGAUCGUUGGUUUGGCUAAAAAUGGGUAUGCAGAUGCUGCAUUGAAGAUCUUUGACGAGAUGAAGCAAUCUCAUAUUGAGCCUGAUGACAUCACGUUUCUUGGUGUUCUCACUGCAUGUAGUCAUGCAGGGAAGGUGGCUGAAGGUCGUGAGAUAUUUGAUUCUAUGGUCAAUUAUUAUUAUAUUCAACCCAGGGUUGAUCAUAUUUGUUGUAUGGUUGAUCUUCUGGGCAGAUGGGGUCUGCUUAAAGAAGCAGAGGAGUUUAUUGAUAGGCUAGAUUUUAUUCCAAAUUCUAUGAUUUGGGCCAGUUUGCUUGGUGCUUGCAAAAUACAUGGAGAUGACAUAAGGGGUCGGCAUGCGGCUGAGAAACUCAAGGAGUUAGAACCACAAAGUUCAUCACCAUAUGUACUACUUUCUAGUAUGUAUGCUGAAUCUGGAAACUGGAAUGAAGCUAACUCUUUGAGGAGGGAAAUGAAAGAGAAAGGAGUGAUUAAGUUGCCUGGUUUUAGUUGGAUUUCUGUGGGACAGAGAACAAAUUACUUUGUCGCUGGGGACAAGUCACAUCCAAAUGCUGGUGAAAUUCAUGUUGCUUUGAAGUACUUGACAGCAGUAAUGAAAGGAGAGGGCUAUGUUUUGGAUGAAACAGAAUUAAUGUUGCCUGAAGAAGAGUGAGAGAAGUUCUUUUGG